AUGCGGUCGAAGCUCGAAUGUUAUCCGGUUUCCCACCCCUACCUAUCUAUCAUUUCUUCUGCGCUCGGCGCCAAUCAUUUCCCCCACCGCCAACCACAGCUCCCCAUCACUAUACCAUACCAUAAGCGCACUUCCCCCCAAUAUAGUAGUCGGUGCCUGGCAUCCGAUUUAUUUAAGUUCAUUUCACACGCUGAAUAUGGUUGCUUUUGCUACACCAAAAAAAAACAGAACAUUUCCACCCUUGAAGACAUUUCUGGGAGAGAGAAUAUAUAUAAUUUCUCCUUUCGGUAAAAUCAUUCAUUAUUGCGCAUUGUCUCUGUUAUGCUCCUUCUACUCGUCGGAGAUUGUGGAGGCUGCUCACACGCUUAGGAAAAUGUUUUAUCGUUUAGAUAAAUGUUUCGAAGUGGCACAUUGCAUCAAUGCAUCCGUACGAGGAGGGGAUAUAUCUACCGGGGGCGAGUUAUGUUCCCAUCGGAAACAGUACAGAAGAGUUAAAAUAUUUAAACAACGGUGACCCUCAGACCGGCGAAACCGCGAAAAAAACGCCGCAACUUUUGCACCUAGCGAAGUCAAGAAAAUCCUGACGAGAAUCGACAAACGGUGAAUCAUGUGUACAAUGAUCAAAAAAUGAUUGAAAGACGAAACUAUGGCGAGGUGGCUACAGUGAAACAGGUAUGGUGAACGACUCUCAAAAUGGUGAGAUGGCGAAGCUAAGGUAACAACGGUUCGUAAAGUUGAAGAAAGUCUAAACUCGUGGAGUGGGGGUAUGUCGACUGGGAAGGUAUGUCGGUUUAAGACAUAGACCGUGGGAACCCUCAGCGAGGCGCGGUGAAACUUGGCCACAAAAGCUCCUUGAUUUUAACUACAGAUACAGUAGCAAGCCAAACCAUGCCGCGCC